AUGGCUCUCUUUAUCCGUAACGUAUCCUCUUAUAAACAAGACAGCCUCUGGUCGUGGUUUAUAUGCGUUUGUUACACAAUUUGCGUUAUCCUUACAGUUGGGUUAACGUUUUCUCUCGGCGUACUUUUCCCCGUUCUCAUGGAUUCUUUUCAUGAAGACCGAGAAAGAACAGGUAGGUCAGCUAUCAUAACAAUCAGGAUUUGGCCGGCCGAAACACAAUGGAGUGAUGUGAAAUAUGUCAGGGAAAUUUCUCCCUUGUUAGUUCUUCCUACAACAACAACAAUUUAUUAUUUAAAAAUAUAUCUCUUUUAUGUUUAGUCAGUGUGAUUCCCAUGAGUGAAGGGCAUGUGAUAUUGCCCAUUCAAUUAUCACUUAGGGCUGUGCGUAAGGAAAUUUACCCUUCCAGGUCUUAAGAGGUGUCUGGAAAACGAAGACCCCUUUAAAGACCCCAUACCAAAUGAAGGGUUAGGAGAUCAACCUUCAUUUUAGUCUGCUACACAGCUGUUUUUAGUGUCGUUAGUGUGGGGAGGAGCGUUGCGUGACGACACUGAAAACGGCUGUGUAGCAGACUAACUUCAUUCAGUUUGCCCAUUAUAAUGAAACAAAUAGAACCUGAUUCACUCAGUUUCCUAACUCUAAUCAAUAAAGUUCAGAGUCAUUUGGAAGGAGGUCUUAGGGAUCUUUGUUUUCAAGACACCCGGUCUUAACGAAACUUGCCCUUGUUCAUAAAUUAUGGUACUAUUGUUUCCAGUCGUAAAAAUAUAAUGAGGGAGUUCAUUGAAAAGCAAAUAAUGUUUGACGUUGUCCCAUGGAAAUUACAUGCCGUGAAAUUCUAGCAGGAAGAAUGAUAAUGAUCAUUAUUUUCAUUUCACGUCUUCAGUUGAAGGAUUGAAAAUUCAAAACGGUCUUCGAUUGGACUAUAAAUAAGGCAUCGACCUCCGAAGCGGGAAACAGCAGUCAAAUAAACUAUGAAGUGGGAAAAGAAAUUCAGCUAGGAAGAGUGUUUAAAGAAUUUAGAAAGUUUCUCCGUGUCGUGACCCGUUUACAACCCUGUGAAGUGUGACUAGCUGUUCACAAUGCUGAUUUGAAUGAAAUCAUUUGAAAGUCAAAUAACCAACUUCAUCAUUCUAGAAAAAAACUUAUGUUUUUCACUAGAUAUAUGCCCGAAGAUUUAAUGAAAAUCUCACAGGAAUUCAGGAUGUACGUUAUUGGUACUUCAGUUAGUUUCGCGUUUUUCCCGAUUGUAAAGUAAUCGCAAAAUUAUAAAUUAAAAAGACCCCGCGAAUAAAACUCCUUGCGAAAUUUAAACACAAGAAAUUUAAUUCCUCAAAUAAAAAUUCAAAUCAAAGAAGAAAGAAAAAACGAUUACCAUGCUACGUGCAAACGGACGCAACAUCUCCCAACCUUGUUGGCAGUUGUUGGCCUACCGAAUGUUGCGUCCGUUUGUACGGGGCUAAAAGUUUGACCGGUUUCAAACUUUACGCUACUACAUCCAACAACAUGCAACAAGAAACAAUGUUGGGAGUUGUUGGCCAACAAUGUUGCGUCCGUUUGCACGUAGCUGAACAACAGAAACGGGAUAUGCUUUAGCUGGUAAGUUCCAUUUAGUAUCUUCUCACUAACUCAAUCACAACUCGAUUUUUGAAUCAAGGACUUUUUUGAAUUUUUAAUUCUUUUACUGACGAAAGAGAAAUUGAAACCAAUCAUGAACUCAAUACUGAAAUUUUUAUUCUUGCAAGCCUGCACUCAAGACCAGGUUUCGUUGUAAAAAUGAUAAUGAAAUAAUAAUGAUAAUGAUGAUGAUGAUAAUGAUGAUGAUGAUGAUGAUGAUGAUGACGAUGAUGACGGCAAAGAUGAUGCAUGAUGAUGAUGGGUAGCUACAACUUACGUGGAAGAUGACAUCUGCGGAAAACGGGCUGAAAAUUUUUGAUAAAGUCGUUUGAAAAUAAAGGUGAUGUUACACUGACCGUGGGGCGGGAACGCGUGACGAACUCUUAAGAACGUCUGCGUGGUAGGCUAAUGUUACACGGGACGAUUUGCAACGGCGAUUUUUUGCGCAACACAGCAUUGCAAUGUUGGAACAAUGUUGCAACUAUAUGAAUCAAUGUCGCAACAAUUUUGCAACGCUGUAUUGCUCACCCUCUAGUAGACAGAUAUACAAAAAAAAUAAGAGCGUGGGUGAGAGUCAAGAAUAUUUCCCUCUACAUAUGGCAAAGCUUCCGGGAUUUUUUUGUGGUGUGCGCUGGAUUGUUCUCAUCAAUGCCUAUUGCCGUUGUUGUUGAUGUUUUUGUCGCAGACUCCAAAGGCCAUGCCGUCUGCAGUGCCGGAUUCAGACCUUGAGAUAAAGGAUGGGGCCCCGUUAUCCAGACUCUUAGAUAAGAAGGGGAAGGGGGUCGGGCGGACUCCAGAAGAGCUUUUUUCGGCACUUCGGGCCUCAGUUUGGUCUAAAAAUGACGGGGGGGGGACGGCCCCCCCCGGGCCCCUCCCCUGGAUCCCCCACUGGUCUGCCGUCCAAAUUAUAUAACUGGGUUCUUUUUUUUGUUGUUUCAGCAUGGACAACAUCUAUUAUUAUCAGCGUAAUGUGCUUCACAAGUCUUACUUCCGGCGGUCUCCUCAACAGGUUUGGGAUUCGCACUUCCACUAUAUUAGGAUGCCUGUUAUGCUCAUCUGCUCUUGCUAUGGGCUCUUUUGUUCCCACCAUUGUGACCCUAUUCAUUGCCUUCAGUUUACCUUUUGGACUUGGCUUGGGGCUUAUUUACAUUACUUUUCCUGUUGUUGCGACUCGUUACUUCAUAAAGAGAAGAUCCAUUGCCCUCGGUUUCUUAAUGGCAGGUCAAGGCAUUGGGACAAUGAUUCUUAGUCCCACUUUGCAAGCCCUAGUGGACGCUUGUGAUUGGAGAAACACGUUUCGAGGAUUUGCAGGGCUUCUGGCUAUUGCCUCACUAACAGGAUGGUUGCUUCAUAAAGGGAUUAGUCCUCCAAAUGAACCAACAGAAGUCGCACCCAAGGGUUUGCAAUUACAUUUUGGACUCUUGAGGAAUCCGGUCCUACUUAUCCUGAUAUUAACGCGCUGUAGCUAUGUCCUCUGUCGUCUCACGCCGUACGUUCAUCUGGUAAGCUUAAUUGUGUCAUGCGCCAUGUAUUCUGUGAAAGAAAAGGGAGUGGGUGGAAAAGGCUAGAAGAGGAUAUUAGAAAAGGAGGGAACGUAAACAAAAAUAUGGAGAAGGGGACACCCGAGAAUAAGUGAUGAGAAGCUAAAUACAAAAUUGGUUUGGUCAAUAUCAAACACUUAAUCACUGGUCCUGAGGGAAACAGUUAUUUAUUUAAUUAUUUUUUCGAGGGAAACAAAAUUAACUGUUUCCCUCGGGACCAAUCUUUUAAAAGUGAUUUGUCAUAUAUAGCUGGAUAUUUUGAAGCUGGAAAUUCAUUAAACUUAGCUGUAACGGUAGUCUUCGGUGAGCAUUCGCGGGUAGCAGUGCACUGUUACCCUCUCACGUCAUAGAUUUUGCAAUGUUGCCCGCUCAGAGAUUUUGGCGGGAAAAAGUUUGAUUGUUAGAUGUCAUGUGACAAUUUAGGUUACGUUUCUCUCUUCUUCUAAUUCAUGCCCACCAUCUGGUCUAAUUUUGAGCACCUUUUUCCUAGCAGCUUAGAUAUUCAAUAAAACAAAACUCAAUGCAGGGCUGGCACUAUGGCAAAUUAAAGGGCUGAUUUAUUAUAGGCCCAUAAUAAAUUAUAAAUUAUACUAUAAUAAAUCAGCCCUUUGCCGUAGUACCAGCCCCGCAUUGAGUUUGUUUUAUUUCACACUUUAAGUGACAUCUGGCUACAGCAUCUCUUUGAUUAGAGAUCUGGCAAGAAGAACCAGUCAGUUGUAUUUACGCGUUGCGUGGACCUCUGCAUUCAAACAGUUUUUAGGUAUUCAGCUUUUGCCUCUCGGUUUCGGGGUUAAAUAAAUUGCGUCUGUACCUUCAAGCAGGUUUUCGAUGAGGAAAGAACAUAGUAAUUUUUUUGAGGAGGUGGGGGAGAAAGGGAAGGGAGUAGCCUUACCACUUUGAAAGGCUUGGCAUUUGGCUCAUGAGCAUUCUUCCCAUCAAGUCAAGUCAAGUCAAGUCAGAUUUAUUCCACUUUUCAAUGGAAGAAACAGAAUGAAAACAAUGAGUAUUUACAUUUCUUUAGUCAGGCAUAUAGACAAUAGAAACUAAAAGAUAUAUAAGUGAAGGGAGUUGAAGUACCGUAAAUCCUCCAUUAAGCCCCCCUGGGGGGCUUAUUUAUUUGAAGCUCAUUUCAGGGGGAGCUUAAAAGAAACGAGAAGUUUAUUUAAGAAGUGGGGCUAAUUUAAUUUAGAAAAGACGAUGUUAUCAGUUCUCCGUAAAGAACUAGAAUACAAAGUGGAAAAGCUGAAGUACAAGAAGGUUGAAGGUCAUUCAACCGAGGAUCAGAACUUCCAGUUGGUGAAUAAACCAUCCCGGAUCGGAUCAAUCCACACGAAGUUUUUCAGUCUUGAUUGAUUCAUAAAGUCUAUCAUGAUCAUUUAUUAGUGAAGAAUAAUUAGGGGAGCGCGGGGAAGGGGAGCGCUUAUUACCUUUCUUACCCUGAAAGGGGGGGGGGGCUUAUUUGAGAGGGGGGAACUUAAAAGAGGAUUUACAGUAAGUAAGCCGAGGUUUUAAAGCCAACUCCCAACUUGUGGUCGAAUUAUACUGGCCCAUUAUAUACUGUUCUUAUUUCUUCCUUAAAGUUAUUUCUUUUAAUUUGGAUUUUUAACUUGCCUGUAAUGCUGAAUUAGGUGUGACAACGUGAUUUACAGUGCGUUAAAGUUAUUAUUUUCUAUGAUCUUAGAUAAAGUACGCUAAUGACGUGGGGAUUCCUGCUGAUAAAAGCGCCACUCUCUUGAUGUUUAUUGGUGUUUUUGCGACGUUAGGUCGUCUCGGAGGAGGGUUUCUUUGUAAUCUGAAGCUCUUCCAGGCAAGAAUAUUAUUACAGGCAUCCCUUUUAAUCAUGGGAACCUCUGUGAUGUUGCUGUCACUGGCAAAGACAUAUGGUACAUUAAUAGCGUUUGCCAUUGUGUUCAGUGCGUCGGAUGGAAUGAUGAUAGUAACGUUUCUUGUGGAAUGCAUGAAUUCAGUGGAGGAUUCUAAACAAGCUUCCGCGGUUGGUUUUUCUAUGAUAUCAGCUGGAGUGGUUGCUUUAGGGGCGCCUCCUUUAACGGGUGUGUGUUUAUCAUUGUAUCCUUUCUUGAAUCCAUUUGAUCUGCCGGCACUUUCCAAAGUGAACGCUUAAAAAACUUGCAGGCUAGAUUAUAUAAGUUGUCAGUUUCGUUACCAACUAAGUAUCAGCGUAAUUAUCUUAUCUUACUAGGUAAUUAAAGGUGUAAGCAGUUUCGGAAGUUUAUUUGGGUUUCAUUUAUUUAUAGUGAAUUGAGGUAUACAGUCAAGAAAAUCAUUUCUAACUCGAUAAGAGUAGAAAAAAAAACAAUUUGAGAUAUCCGGCGCUACUUAUCUUAAGUUUCCAUCGCUUAUCAUGUCGUGAAACUAGCUAGACUGUUGGAUUGUUUAGAUGCGGAGGAGUAACCAAUCGCAGCAAGUAAGAACAAACAUGUAGUGAUUGAUUUGUCCUACUGUAGCCUGAGAAAACAGCCGACGUUUCGUGACGACACCAUGAAAUAACGUUUGAGGAACGACCGUAAAUUUCCAUGCUAAUUACGUGUCACUACCCACACCUGGGUAUACCUGGGUAGUUCUUCCGAUUGGUUGAAGCAAAUUUCCAUCUCGGCACAGCCAAUCAGAAGCAUAAGCCAGAUCUGGGCAGUGACACAUCAUUAGUACAGAAUUUCUGCGGCCGUUCGUAUAAGACAACCAGUGGUGGCGUCGCGCCGCGUUUUCUCAGGCUAGUCCCUCUACUGUUUCUGCUUGCGCCUUUUUUUCACUAGAUCGUAAGAGAUCAUUAACGGAGUCGGCUACAAAAUGAAACAGUUCUGAUUCUUGCGACUCCGGUUCCAUUUACGACUCUGGCUUAAUUAUCACUCAUCCUUAUGAAUCCGACUCGGUCGCCGAAAACCAAGAUUUUAUUAUAGACGCUCAUCCAAUGACGUCAUGAUUUUAUUUCAUCAGGUUUCAUAGCUGACAAAUCUGGUAACUACAUUGCCGCAUUUCUCUUUGCUGGUGGAGCGGGAAUCGUUGCGUCACUCGUUCCAUUUCUUUUGGUUCGUGUAAAUCAAGGAAUAGAGGGAAACAUUGUUGAUGAUAUCGAAGAGGUAGAGGGCCUACGAGAGUGUGGUGAUGUAGAUGGUAGAAAUUUACAGUUGCUGCAGCGAAGCGGAGACGAUGAUGUACAACAUGCCAGAAAUAGUUCCAUUAUUCUUGGAACUUAA